CGAACGCGGAAUUUUGUACCGAAUUAUUUUCUGACCAAGUUUUUCACUAAUUUAGACGUAAAAAUGAUGAAAUUACAGAUAGCCAACGACCAGGACCGUAAAGAGGCUCAGAAUAGAGAGAGAAGGAGACAAUGCGAGCUCGAGAGAAGGUCCAGGAUCUUCAAUGCUAGAAACAGGAAGAUUGGGGUGGAUGUGAGGUUCCUGGAGCGCCAGAUAGCGGAGAAGAAGGCGGAACGAGAUGACCAAGUACGAAAGGACCUGGCCUUUGCGAAACAGAUGAUCAAGGACAGCAACCUGGCUGUUAUACUUGAAGCAAGGGAGAAAGAAGAACGUCGUCGUAUUGGCGUUGAAAUAGACUCGUACCGCCAAAAAUAUCAGCGUUUCGAAGACAGGCGGGAGUACGAUCUCAACGACCCUGAAGUUCUGAAGAAGCAGCUACCACCGAGGCCUGAUGAUGGCCAGCCAGUGGGCUUAUCCAGUGCACAGAAGUUCGAAGGGGAAGACUUGGAAUUUGAGGAGCGUAAGAAGAUCAUGGCAGCACAGAAGAACUCCUGGCUUGAACAACAGGUGCAAGAGAGGAAAGCAGCCGAAGAGGAAAGAAAGAAAGCUGAGGCCGCUUAUAUGAUGGCCAUAAAAGCUCGCGACAACCGUGCCGGUGAGCUGGAUAAGUUGGAACGAGAGUGCCGCUACAGACUUGGGCAAGCCAACCUUAAAUACAACGAGGCUUUGGCUGCAGAGAAGAAGCAACUGGAACAGGUCCUCAAGGAACAGGAGGAAGCUGACAAUACAGCGGAGAUGUACAACAAUCUCACUUCGGAUAUGCUCACUGAGAACCCUGACGUAGCCAAGAGUGCCCUCGGGAAGAACAGGGCUAUCGGUUACAUGUACAAAGGUUUUUUUUUUUAAGAGUUGAAGAAGUUCUACGCUGCACAGAAAUUUUUUUUUUUUGCAUCCAAGGCUAAGCGCGAUGCGUUAGAUAAGAUGGAAGCUGAAUGGCAAGCCUUAUCCAAGUCUAUACAACGCGAAGUGGCACGACAGGACAUUGCCGACAAGAGAAAGAGACGAGAGAUAGCUCGUCAACUGAUGGAAGAGAACCAACUUAUGGCCUUGCAGCAGAAAGAGAAAGAGAAGUACUUCAGGGAAGUGGUGUACAACAACACACCGACAGACGAAUAUUACGCGCAGUUCAACACUACCACCAGAUAAAAUGGUCCCUCAUAUGGAGUAUACCAUACUGUGUUCAAGUUUCUAGUCGAUUGGUUUGGCUAAAUUAUUACGUUUUUGGAUGCAUUUUAAUAUGGAUAUUAAAGUCUUGAUAGAUUCAUUCAUCAUCAUCUUCAUCGACAUGUCACUUUGAUCGUGUACCAGGUAGAUUAAAUCAUUUCUUCGAACCAUCUCCUUAUUGUCUUCAGACUAUUGCUCCAUAAGAUUUAAGACAAUGAUACUGGAAAAAUACACUAUACAAUGACCAGAAUCAAACGCAAUAAUUCGUAUCUUUUAAUUAUUUUAUGGAGUGCUAUGUAUAAGUCUGUGGGAUCAAAAAUUUGCCAUUAUCAGGGUGAACUGAGGUCACCAAAGCACUUUUGCACUUAUUAAACAAACGUACAUGUUUGUAUGAAGCACAUUUUUGCUAGAAAUAUAA